AUGCCGAUGCGCGUGAAAACGCCGUGGAUAGAGGCCUUGACUAAGAGUCAGGAUGAUUCUCGGUUGAAGAACCCAGGCUCGACGCAAGGUCGGCCGGAUUUGACGCCAAAGAAGAUGUCGGAUGGGUAUUAUAAAGCGGUAUUGCCGCUAGCCCAAGAUAAAUGGUUGUUGGAUUCGUACCUCAAUUCCUCGGGUCAUAUUCGGCUCGGGUCACUUCUGAUGGAUCUAGACGCCUUUGCCGGAGUGAUUGCCUACCGACACACUGGGGACUCUGUGACGACGGUCACCGCUGCAGUAGAUCGGAUCACGAUCGAGAACCCGCUGAUGGAGAUCUGCGAUCUGGAGCUCAGCGGGCAGGUCACCUACGCGACGGGGCGAUCGAGUAUGGAGGUCUCGAUCCAGGUUGCGAAAGCGCCGCCGGAAGGACAGGAAGCCAAGCCGGAAGACAAGCUGAUCACCUGCGCGUUCACGAUGGUAUCGCUGGAUCCCACGACGAAGAAACCGGCGGCGAUCCCGCCUCUACUGAUUGAGACGGAAGAGGAACGCCGGCUCUUCAAGAAGGGCGAGGAAAACUACAACGCCAAGAAGGCCCUGCGCAAGAAGAGUCUCCUCGAGAAGGAGCCCGACGAGGAAGAAAGCAAUCUCAUCCAUUCGAUGUGGACCAAAGAAAUGGCAUAUUUAAACCCUCAAUCCGGAAUUUCGAGGCCGUCGAAUAUCAUCUCGAUGGAUGACACGGUGCUCAAGUCGGCAAUGAUCAUGCAGCCGCAGUUCCGCAACCGACACAACUUUAUGAUCUUCGGUGGCCACCUGCUGAAGCAGACGUUCGAGCUGGCCUUCUGCUGCGCGGCGUCCUUUUCGCACACGCGGCCAAACUUCCUCUCCCUCGACCCCAGCACGUUCGAGAACCCGGUCCCCGUGGGCAGCGUGCUGUACCUGCGCGCUACGGUCUCCUACACCGAGCCCCUGGGCAGCAAGUACACCAAGGUGCAGGUGCGCGUGGAUUCAAAGGUGCGGGACGUGGAGCAUGCGACCAAGAGGUCGACGGGCAUGUUCAACUACACCUUCCUGGUCGAGAAGGAUGUGCAGGUGAUGCCCCAGAGCUACGGGGAGUUUAUGCAGUGGACCGACGCUCGCAGGAGAGUCCAGCAGGCCGCCGCUGCCAUCGAUGGGUCGAAGGAGUUGAGCGCUCUGCGUACUCUACAGGAUAGUGUCACUGAGUAA